AUACCCACAUGCAAAUGCGUUGUCACGGAAGGCACUGCCUCAUUCCCAAACUCCGCACAAAAGCUCCAGAGAGAGCAGCAGCAGACAACAGCCACGAUCCUCUCUUUGGUUUUCUCCGUCAUUGACUUGAAGAGAUAUAUGGUGCUUUUAUAACCUAUCUGAGGGAGUUUGGGGGAGUCCUUGAACAAAGGCAACAGAUUUACUUAGUAACAUCCACGGUCUGGAAAUGAAUUGUGCAAGAGUUUUACAGGCUUUUAGCCAUCCCCAGUCGGCUGCAAUACCAGUAGACCUGGCCAUGUGUCUGAGCCUCAGCCAGCGCCAGCCUCUUUAUCAACUGCUGUCCACGUCACCUCUGAAACCCACACAGCAUCGCUCUCAGCCAACUGACUGUCCACCGAGGGCCGACCUUCCCUCCCCACAUCACCUGUCCUCAUCCUCCUCACAUUCACGGUCUUCGUUGUCCUCGUCUCCGGUGCCCUCGGAGCGGCGGAGCUGUUUCCGCAGGGACAGUGGCAGCAGUGGUAUGAACAAGAAGCGCGUGGUGUUCGCAGACGCCAAAGGACUGGCACUCACUGCUGUACGUCUGUUCAUUCCAGAGCCCUCUUCCCCGACUCCUACCCUGGUGAUUAGAUCCCUUCCAGCCAAACUGGAAGGCCAACAGUUGGUCUCCAACAAAAUGCAACGCCCCAAAUUCAGGCUGGGUUUCCCUCAGCCAACGCCGGACAUAAAAGCCUUCCUUGGACGCCUGCGAGAGACAAAUGUGCAACUGGAAAGUUGCAAAAUUUCAGAGCACUCUUUGAGCGGCAAAGUGUGUGCUUUCCAUGUCAGUGCCGAGAGUGCUGUGCAUCUAAGGGUGACCUUUGACUCUUGGCGAAGCCAUCAUGACAUCCCCUGCACGCUCUUGCAGCAGCAGCGCCGUGGGGGUUUUAACGUGGAUGUUUUCAGCUUUGAUUUAAGCUUACCCCAGAACAUUGAUCCACAGGAGCGAAUGGAGUUCUGUGUGUCGUUCAGGCCCAGUCCUACUGGCACAACAGCACACUGGGAUGACAACAGGGGGCAGAAUUACCGAGUGUGUAUGGAAAAAGAUGAACCAGAUGCUAACCAAAGCAGCCCUAACCGUUUUUACCCCACACUUGCAUCGUACCGCCCAUCAUUAUUGCCUGCACAUGUGUCUGCUGGUCUGCAGAACUCUGAUGUACAGCAUCUUCAGAGGACUUUAUCAAACAGAUCCAGAGCAGACUGGAAAACCCUAUGUGCAGUUAAAUAGACCAAUGAGAUACGUUUGUGCUUUCUCAACAGAUCUAUGUGUAAUUAUAUAAGAAUGUGAAUAUUUUAUUUAACUAAUAUUUUUAAGAAACUUUGUGCUUUUAUAUGUGCAUAAACUAUGUGAACUCUCCAAUGUUGGAUGAUCUGAAACCUGCUGUCUCAAUCAUUGCUCACAUUCAUGAGCUUAACUACCCUGCUGAAAUGUGAAAUUUACAUUCUGCAAUAAUAUUCUGAUUAAAUCUGUCCAAAAAAAAGGCA